UUCAUUAAUUUCAUUUCAUACAAAAGAUUGCAUCUUUCUCUUUCAUCUUCGUUGGAUACUUUUCAUUACAUUUAUCUCUUCUUCUUCUUCUUCUUCUUGUGUGGUGGCCAUAGCCAUAGCCAUAGAAGACAAGUAAAUAUGAAGCUAGAUUUGGCUAGUGGUGGGCAAGUGUUAGAUCUGGAAACCGCCGUUAAAGACGGCAUUUUAGGUGGCACUUGUGGUGGUUUGAUUUCUAAGGCCGGUGCCGAGAAAUUGGAUCUAAAGAAGAUGAUUGAAGAGCUCGAGUCAAUGGAAGUGCCGUCUGUUUUCAUUUGUCCAAUCUCAUUGGACCCAAUGCAAGACCCGGUGACUCUCUGCACUGGCCAGACUUACGAGAGAUCCAAUAUCCUUAAAUGGUUCUCUCUUGGUCACUAUACUUGCCCUACUACAAUGCAAGAGCUUUGGGAUGAUACGGUAACGCCAAACAGUACUCUGCAGCAGCUUAUUUAUAGCUGGUUCUCGCAAAAGUAUUUGGCUAUGAAGAAAAGAUCGGAGGACGUGCAAGGAAGGGCUAUUGAGCUUUUGGAGACUCUUAAGAAGGUUAAGGGUCAAGCUAGAGUUCAAGCUCUAAAAGAGCUUAGACAGGUUGUCGCUGAACAUGCCACGGCGAAAAAGGCAGUUCUAGAAAAUGGCGGUGUGGCCUUGAUUACUUCUUUAUUAGGUCCUUUUACUACUCAUGCUGUUGGGUCUGAGGCAAUUGGUAUUCUUGUGAAUUUGGAUCUGGAUUUCACAUCCAGGUCAAAUUUGUUGCAACCUGCCAAGAUUUCUUUAAUGGUAGAUACGCUAAAUGAGGGUUCUAUUGAGACCAAAAUCAAUUGUACUAGAUUGAUUGAAAUGUUGAUUGAAGGUAAGGAUUUGGAGGCUGAAAACGUGUCAAGUUUAAGCCUUUUGGUUGGUUUGUUGAGGUUAGUGAAAGAUAAGAGACACCCGAAUGGGGUAAUGGCUGGACUUGGUUUGUUAAGCCAUCUGUGUUCGCAUGAGUUUGUUAGAAACUCAAUUGUAAGUAUUGGGGCAAUUCCACAGUUAGUAGAGCUAUUGCCUAGUUUGAGUAAUGAGUGUUUGGAAUUAGCACUUUAUAUCCUAGAGGUUCUUUCUACUGUUUUAGAAGGAAGUGUGGCUUUGAAGGAUUGUCCCAAUACGAUCCCGAAUGUGGUGAAGAUAUUGAUGAAAGUAUCUGAGAGGUGUACACAGCUUGCAUUGUCAAUUUUGUGGGCAGUUUGUCAGCUUGCACCGGAAGAAUGUGCUGCAAUUGCUGUAGAGGCGGGUUUGGCUGCGAAGCUGCUUCUCGUAAUACAGAGUGGUUGUAAUCCUGAGCUGAAGCAGAGGUCAGCUGAGCUAUUAAAGUUGUGUAGUCUUAAUUACACGGCUACUAUCUUCAUUUCCAAAUGUAAGCUUACCAGAACAAUACAAUAAAGGAAAAUGUCAGUUUGUUGAGCACACCAGUUGUCUGGUCUUAUUCCCAAAAGGUGAAGGCAUUGGUUCUUUUAGGGGAGCCAAUUUGGGUUUCUAAGGAGUGCAGGGCUGAUGUUUUCAUGACAAUUUAAAGUUGGGAGAGCUCGGGAUGGCAAGGCUUACAGCAACUUCUGGACCAACUCAAGUAUUCCAACACGCGGUAUAAUAGCAUGUCAAAGUGUACAAUGGCACUAAUGUAAUCUCAGGAAGAAAGUGGCUGCCUGCCUCGAUCAUGAGACACUCUUUGGAGCUGCAAACAAUUUUGUAACGGUUUUGUUGUAGGAAGUAUUGAAAGAUAACAGAGAGCAAGCACUCUAAUAGAGGAAAGAUGUCAAUAAUUCCUUUUGUAUAAUAUACAUAGAACUAGUUGAGAAGGAUUAGCUUGUUGGCGUCUCAGCUUAAUACUCAUGGGAUUUUGCUUUUGCUUUUUGUUUAGCCAGUAAUACAUGGACUAAUGUACAGUGACAAUCCUAGUCGAGAAGAAGAAUAUAUCAAAGUGCUCAUAGCCAGCACGGAAGUCAUUUUUGCGUAAUCCUAUAUGAAUGUAUUAAAAUAACAAUUAUGGGAAUUACCCACCUUGUCUCAGAAAAAUAAAUAAUAGUAAAAGAAAAAAAAAAGAGCCAGUCUUUUGCAGUAUCUUACAAAAAAA